AUGGAGGGGGUUUUUCGCGGGACUUGUUGUGCGGGAUUGGGAAGGAGACGAGCUGCCACCGGAGCAGGGGCGGGCAGCAGCUGCUGCGAAGCAGAUGGAGGAGGAGGCUCGAGCUCACCCUCAUCGCCGCUCGGGCGGCAGUUCGGGCUAGACAGAAGGGGGACAAGCUCCCCGUCCGUCAUCCGUGGCGCCAUCUUGCCGCGCCGCCGGGUGGAGUGCCGGCGCCCAAGGCCCCAUGGACGACGAGCUGCUGUCGCCGGUCCCGGCGAGGCGUCGGAGGUUGGGAGGCAGCAGGGGCAUGCUGGAUGGGGUUCUUGCCGUGAUGGCGGUGGUCUCGGCGUGGAACACGCGGCGAGGCUGCCGGCGAGCGGGAGCCCUUCCUCUGCCUCUUCGGGAGGUGAUGGGCAGAGAUUGCAAGGCACACUCAUGAGGACUAGUUCACUCCCUGCUGUCAUUGAGGCUGCUGGUAAUGAUGAAUGGAAGAAAUGUAAGGAAGCACAGAGUCUGAAGAGACUCGAGGUUAAGAAGAAAAGGAUUGAGAGGAGGAACUCUCUCACUUGCAACACUUCAAAAGAAGCGGCUGGGCAGAUUCCAGAAGAGAUGAAUGCACACGCUGACAAAUUAGUAAGUUCUGAUGAAGCUGUUGUGAUGAAUAACGAAAAUCAUAGCAGUGGCAAGCAUCUGGUGAAGGGGCUUCCCCCAAAGUACCAGGCUACAAUUGCAUCGCAAGAUAGUUUGUCAGCAAUGGGAAAGAAGCCAAACUCAGCCUUCAAAGGAACAGCCAUCACUAAGGAGCACAGCCCGUCAUUAUCCGUUCCUUCCUCUGAUGAAGCUAUAAGUAACGUGACGGCAGCAAGUCCACCGCCUUCGUCUUUGCCUCCCAGAACAGCAACCCUUGGUUCCAUGGGGGACGUGGAAAGGAGGAUAAUGCAGGAGAUGCCGGGCGUGUUCACCAAGGGGCUGCCCAACAGCAACAGGGUUGAAGGCUUCCUGUAUAAAUACAAGAAAGGAGAUGUGAGAAUCGUAUGCAUCUGCCAUGGAAGCUUCCUUACUCCUUCGGAGUUCGUGGAGCACGCCGGAGCUGGCAAGGUGGAUAACCCGCUGCGACACAUUGUCGUCAGCCCUACCCCGAACCUGUGA